AUGCGACUGAGUGACUUCCGGAAACACAUUGCAACACCUGCUCACAGUCGCGCCAUUGCCUUUCUCCUUACCGAAGAACCAUUCAGCAGCGCGAGUGGAAAGUAUAGCCUCGACGGAUUGAUGGCUUUGCAAGUGCUCGUUAUGGAGUCCCAGGUUGGCCCAUUGCCCAUUAUCCCGGUUACCGAGUCUUCGUGCUUUGUGGCUUGCAUUCAGGAGUAUAUCAGCGGUCUUGUGAAUCUACCGUCUAUGACUCGGCCUUUCGCAGACACUGUGUCGUUACUAUAUCAUAUGCGAACGCCGUCUUCCGCUUCCCUUUCCGAGCAGGACGCGAAUGUUCUCAGUGAUUUGUUUCCGUCCUUGAACGCCUUAAGCCAGUCUGUCCGCACCUCGGAGGGGAGGUUUCUCCUUGGAGAAUAUCUCGGUCAACAAGCCAGCGAAAUUCUGGAAUUCUGGGAGGCCGAUAGAGUUGUUGAGUAG